UGAGACGCACACAAUAAACAAACAAAAUUGGCUCCAUGUCAAACAAUCACAGUGUGAGUGAAUUAUGUUUGUUUAUGUUUAUUUUGUAUAGUAUUGUUCCUAAGCACGUGUAUUAUUAACAAAUGUCAAUCACAGAAUAUUCUGUCAAUAUUUUUUUAGUGUGGCAUUAGAAAAAAAACGAAUCUAGUCAAACGAUGGCUCGAAUAGCUCGUAUGGUGUUUACAUCGUUAUCACUAUUUUUGGGAAUGUUCUUCUUUUUCUUUGGUCUCAUUAAAGUAUCACGAUUUUUGAAUUCUGAAAUUCAUCGAGAAAUGCGUCGAAAUUUUGUCCGUUAUGCUAAAGUAAUUCCAUUGGUAACCACCAGUCUAGGCUUGAAAGUAUCACCAAAAUAUUUCCGUUUGACUGUUGGAUAUGCAGAAAUUAUAGCCGGAUUAUUGUUGGCAUUCUGUCCUGGUCGUAUUAAACAAUGGAUGAAUGUGUUCCUUAUUGCUCUAUCCAUCGGUGCCAUUCAUACACAUCUAGCCAUUGGUGAUGAUUACAAUAAAAUGAUACCAGCGGUAGCCUUUUGUUCGAUGCUUACCACUCGACUCAUUUUAUACUUUCUUCUCAAACGUAUUGAUGAUCAGCAACAGACAACAACAACAACAUUCGUACCAGUUCAAUCCAACAACAUUGAUAAGACAGAACCUAAAACAACAACUACAAUAGUAGCUAAACAAGCUUCAAAAAUUCCUGAAACGAAUAAAAAGUGGACAUCUAUAUUCACCAUUCAAUGGUGGUUUGGCCGAUUCGUGGCCACUCUACCAAAUAACCGAAACGUUGAACAAUUCUUGUCUCAUGAUUCUAGUACAUCAACGAUCGUUCAAUCAAAAACCAGAAAAUCAACCAAAACCACCAAUUCCUUGAUGGAUAAAGAACCAAAAACAACAACAACAAAAACCUCCUCUUCAGUAACUAGUGGCCAUGCAACGAAAAAUCGUCGAAAACGAAAUAAACAAAAAAACGAAUAACUCACUAAACAUCAAUCAACAAUUAUAUGUUAUUACUCAUUUACACUGAUGCUAGUCACAUUGUUUCAUUAGUCAAGCAUUUUUUUUUCAUUUUUGCAAUGGUAUUUUUUUUAUUAUUUGUAAUCAUAUAAUAUAAUAUAAUAGAAUCGAA